AUGACUAAGAAAUACAUAGAAAAAAUAUGUUGUGUUGAUAAAAAGGAUAGUCAUUACGUUUGCCCUCGUUGUCAUCAAGGAGUUUGUUCUGUGAAAUGCUAUCAAACACACAACAAUGGAAGUUGUUUUAAUUCAUUUAGUAGUAAUGAGAUUAACCAAUUAAUGAAAUUUAAAAUUAAAGAAGAUGAGAUUCAAUCAUUUAAAGAUGUUCUUCAAAAAGAUGGCAAAGUAGACACAGAAAAGUAUGACACUAAAGAUAUUGAUGAUAUGCUUCUAAGAAAAAUUGAGUCUGGUGAAAUAAAUGACAUUAACCAAUUAAAAGCAAUAUUGUCUCAAGAUCAGAUACAAAAAUUCGAAAGAAAUUUAAAUAAAUUAUGCCAACAACAGAUAGAGCAAUAUGUGCCAUGGUAUUUGUCAGUUUCUUCAUCAAAUCUACCUAGAGAAAUAAUGACCAGCAUUAAUGUUAGUAAAGUAUCUCCAAUUGUAGUUCAAUGUAUUGAUUGUUGUUGUGUUGUUUAUAUUGCUUUGACGAGAUUGUAUGUUUCUACUGAAAUAUUUGAUGUUUAUUCUUCAGAAAUAGAUGUCCAAUUACAAGAAUUACUUCCAUUCCUUUAUCAAAGAUACCCAACAGUAUUUCCAAACGACUAUAUUUAUUACGUAAUUGACUGGAUGAAAAAAAAUGAAUACAUAGAAAAUAUUCCUCAGGCAGCUUCUCUUAUUCGUGGGGAUUACCAAAUUAUUAAAGAAGAUAUUUAUUUAGUUUCUUUACUUAUUUCUCAUCUUCACCAAUUUUAUUCACAAUUCCCCCUAAUAUCUAAGAAGUUAGAGUUUUAUUAUGCAUUUGUAAAUACUCAAAAAUACAGAAGUAUUACAAUAUCAUAUAUUAAAUAG